AUGUUCAAAUCGCAGUUUUCAGAAUCCCAUCCUUUCGUACUUGCCAUUUUCGGCUGCCAAUACCACGACGAAGAACCAGAUGCGUCGAAAUCUGCACUCAUCGCUCGAUUCCAGAGCCUCCUUUCACAGAGUCCAGCCAAGCACGUAGAGACACUGGAGAGUGACGACAUCAAUAAGGAUCGAGGUUCGUCUAGAGUCUGGAUGAGCUACUGGUUCUCUCCGCCGCAAUAUGAAUCAUGGUGGCAGAGUCCAAAUGUGGCAGACUUCUGGAGAAAUCUCCCCAAUGCUGCAGGUUUCUGGAGAGAAAGGUUUCAAUUCACCUCCAAGAACUCCAUGUUCGAGUCCAACCACGCGCGACCAAAUGGAUUCUCGCACCUCGGCUCCUUCGCGCCUCUCGUCGACAACACGGGAUACUGGGGCGCGUACCGAGAUCGUCUGGAUCCAAACGAUCAUCUGGCAUCACCAUUGCAAUCCGUUUCGACACCGGCUCAAAUCUCCGGCCCGAAGAUCCACCCCGAUCGAGUGAAAAUCAACACCUUUCCCGAAAACAUCUGCUGCGUAAUCGAAGGCCAAGACUUCAGUGCCAUGCAGGAAAAAGAAUUGCAAUACUGGAGUGAGAAUUUCAACGAACUUACAAACGAAUGGGUGACAAUUUGUCUCGAGGCUGAUGGUCUUGACGGUAUCCUCUCCUCCUGCCUUUGUCACGAUCCCACAAGCCCUCUCAUCCCACCUACGACAUCUCGUCGUUGGGCUCGUGGUCUGAAGCAUACUCGUCGUUUGCAGAUCUUUUACUUCCAAGACCUGUCUUUCAUGGAGCGUUUGGGGAAGAAGUAUCAAGCACAUCGAGAUUUGCGAAAGGGUUUUUCGAAAGCUUAUGGGCCUAAGGGAGCGAUGUUUGGUGGAGAGCUUUUGCUUUGGGUUGAUUUGGGGGUAUUGAAAGCUGGAGAUAUUGAGGCGGAGUAUGUCGGGUGUUAUGAAGGGACUGGCUUUAUGGGAUUUGCUGGGCAUGAGGCUUUU